UCUUUUAAUAAUAAAUUUUAAUGUAAAAUUGUUAUUCUUGUAUAUAUCCUAACGAAAUCUACUAACUAAACUAUUCGUAAUUUUCUAAUAGAUUUAUGUCAAAAUUUUUAUUACUGAUCAUUCUCUUUCUAAGUUUAAACUAUUUAUUUCGUUUUUAAACGAAUCUUUUAUACAGCUGUUUAUUUUGAUUUUUUUGCUUUUUUCAUCUUUUUUUUUUUAUUUCUUUUUCCCUUGAGACAGUUCUCUUAAUAAAAUACCUUAAAUUUAACUAUGUUUAUUUUCUAGCUUAUGAAGUUUAUAAUGUUAAAAUCGUGAUGUCUGAUUCAUAUCAGAUUGAUGUUUUGCACUAUUUAAAUCCACAUUUAAUAUGGGUUGAAGUGAUUAACCCGCCGAAUGCGGAGCCCGACGAAUUUAUUUUUGAACAAAUCGGCGUAUAUGGUAUUUUGCCACAAGAAAUUACGAUAUCUGACGAUGUAUUGAGUUUACAAACUAAAAAAUGCGAGGCGUGGGCGCCGACUACCGUCCUCUCUAUGAACAACCUCUUCAAAGAAGCUACUGAGGUUUGGUUCAGUCCUGUUCAUAUAGACAGAAGAAAUUCUUUGUUUGACAACAACAUACACAAAUAUGGUGAGAUAACAGUAAAGAAGCAAAAUGGAAAAUGCAAAUUAUUGUCAAAGUUACUCAUAAAGUCUGGCUUCGCAUUGAACGAUCCAUGCAUGUUCCUGCAAGAGCUGAGUUUAGGGAUGUUGAGAACGAAUCUCACUAACAUACAGAGAGAUGAGGUCAUUAAACAUUUAACUCAACCGAAUAAAAAUAAACCGUCAAAGGACCGCGAAAAGUCUGUUAAGAGACAAACACAUAUUUUGCAAAUUGCCAAAAAUUUAGAGUCGCCAUUGACAAUACAGAAUUUGCAAAGGCACAAUCAAAAUCUAGACGUAAAGUACAUGGUAAAAAAUAAAAUUAAAGAUCUUGAAAAAUGUAAAGAUGUCGAUGAGAAGUCACUUGGACGGGGUGUGACUCACAAACAGCCAGAACCGAUGCAGAGGUCUUCGCUGCUGAGGAAAAAGUUGGAAAUGUCUGCACAUGUGCCUAGACACCACAAACAGGACCCCGCAUCAAUAUUGUUGGCUACGAAGAAAUUUCUAGAAGCAAACGCUAAAAUUAAAGAAGACGUCACGUCUGGAAGCAGUCCGAGAGAGCCAGAAGAUACAGUAUCAGAAGCAGAAGACCAUACAGGGAAUAUAGAAGAGUACAAAGAACAUUCCUCUGUGAAGUCCGAUGAAAAUGAAUGUGCAAAUAAAAUAUCUAAUAUGAAGAAAACUAAAAAUGCGAACAAAAAUAGCAAGUACAAAGUUCCUGAAUAUGAUAUGAAUAUGGAACAAUGUGUAGCGUAUGGACCACCAGGUCUGAAUCCACAAAAGUUACCAUUAAAAAUUGUACCCAAAACAAGUAAUGAAGUGAACAUAGUUAAAACACUUGAAAAUAAUGAGGAGAUUGAAGGAAAUUAUGACAUCCAUGAUGGAUUAGAUUCUGCAGUUAACGUAGAAAUAACUAACAAAGAUCAAUUAACGCUAAUUAAUAAAGACCAUGAUGAACAAUUAGAAACAAGUUCUGCAGCAGAUGUAAAGGUGGAAGGUAAUGUAGAUGAGAAAGACGCAAAGUCUUUUUCAGAGGAGUCUAACAUUGAACCUUCUAAAUCAGUUCGUUCGAAAAUUCUCCUAAAGAAAUUGAGAUUGUACAAAGGAAGAAUAUCAAUUGAUUCCCUGUCAUUGUCAUCUGAUAUUGGUAAGGAUUCAUCGUCUGUUACGGAAGAAGACUCAACGAAAGGUAAUGGUAAGGUUACUCCUGAUUCAGAUGAAGAGAGCAUUCAGAAUUUAGUUGAUAAAUUAGCUUUAGAAUAUGGUGAUGAUAAAAAAAAUAGUAGUUGUAAUAGUACAAAUGAAUUGAAACAACCGAUUGUAACAAACCAACAAAAUGUCGUGUUAAAUAAUAACGUCAAUCCGUUUAAAAAUGUAGACCCAAAUAUUCCUGUAUUGUCAGUUUUUGUUGAAAAACUCGUAAUGCCUGUACUUAUGGUACACAGUAAGACGAAUAAACGCAUUCAACCACGUCUUAAUCUAAGAGAUGUUUGUUUCAAUAAUCAUAUACAUGCAGUGCUUAAAAAUAUGUCUGUUGAAAAGCCAAUGAUGUUGCAGACAGUUUCUUGGUAUGCUAUUUUGCGUGGGUACAGUUUAUUCAUGAUAAGUUCAUUGGGCAGUGGAAAGACAUUGGGUUAUGUACCUGCUAUUUGUAGGUUAGUAUCUGAUUCUAGAGCGAAUACUUCUGACAGUGUAGGCCCAUCAUGCAUUAUCGUUUGUGCAACAGCAAAGUCGGUUUCCGAAGUAGAAAAACUUUGUAGAAUGUUUUUGGGGAUAGAAGAAAGAGUAGUAAGCUGUUAUGCUGGUAUGGAUGAGCUUUACAUAACGUCCUCUCUGUUGAAUGGUUGUGAUUUGUUUAUAUGCACCCCCUCAGCGUUGGUUAGAUUGCUCCAAAUGACGGAUUUCGGUUUAGACCUUAGUCGGCUUUCUACUUUUGUUCUAGAAGAUGCUGAGCGACUUCUCGAAGUUUAUCUUAACGAAGUCAAAUUUUUCCUCAUCAAGAUCAAAGAAAUGCUAAAAAAUAGGGCGAAUAAAGAGAUGAAAGUUCAAUUCGUCGUAGCGUCUCGAAUUUGGUGCGAUUUCAUGGAAUCGCUCGCUAAAAAAGCACCGCAUUCCGUUGUAUGUAUCGGAUCGUUCCAGGAAUGCGUAUUGUAUUCAAAAGCUAGUACCACAGUCAAUUUUGUUAAAAAAGAGAACAAAGUAAAGACCGUUUUGGAGUUCUUAGAACAAAUUGUUAAUUCGAAAAAAACUGUGAUAGUUUGCCGAUCGAACGAUGAAGUUGAGUUAUUAGAAAAGAAUUUGAAGAAACACGGCAAAAUUGUAUUCGGAUGUGACAACACUAUGACGGUACAUGAUUUGUAUGAUCUGAGUAAACAGUGGAAUGAUUACGAAGAACCUCUACUUGGGCCAAUACUUGUUUGUUGUGAUGGUAACUUGACACAUCUGAAUGUGUCAGACGCACAUUACUUAGUUCAUUAUUCCUUACCCGAAAUGUUCUCCAUGUUUUGCAAAAGAUUUUCCGUUUUAAACGACAACUACCCAUCUAUAUUUAAAACGGAAAAUAAAAAUAUUAAAAUUAAAAUACUCUUGGACGAUAGCAACGUGGAACAAUUGCCGAAAAUAUUAAAUUUCAUUAAAAGAUGCACUAAUGAUGUCCCAACAUUUUUGGAUGAGAUUUGUGCGAAAGUUAUAGAGGAGAAGGACAUUGUCAAAGCUAAAAAAUUUUUGCCAGUGUGUGAUAGUUUACUAGCUCUUGGCGAGUGUCCAGAUUUUUGGAAUUGUAUAGAACGACAUGCAAUCUUUAAAGAAUACGAUGAACCCAAAGAUUGGAUGCCUAAAACGGGGAUAAUAACUUUCAAGAUUUUACAUGUUCAAACAGCAGUGGCAUACUCAGCAAGAUUGUUGUCAAAUGUCACGAAAAAUAAUACAACAAAAUAUCCACAAACAUAUAGCACCCUCUCAUUAAAAAUGGGAAUGUACUACAGUAAAGAAUCGAACAGACAAUUACACGGUAUACCUAAAGUUGGAGACUUAAGUGCUGUUUCGAUUAAGCUCAAUUUCUUUGCUAGAUGUCAAGUGGUUAAAAUUUUGAAUUAUUACAAAAAUGGCAAUCCUAAUUAUGUUCUCAUUAAAUUAAUAGAUGAAGAAAAACUUGAAAGAAGUCGCGAUAUUUAUUUGUAUUACCUACCAGAGGAUUUAAGAGGAAUUGAAACUCACGUGGUUCAAGUGAGGUUAGCUAAUGUAAAACCCAAGGACAAAGAUGUUACUUUUUCUGACCUUUCAAAAGAACAGUUGAAGAAAAUUACUGAAAAACAAGAGCACUAUAUGAGAGGUACGGUGACAUUGGCGAUUGGAAAUUGUGUUUUUGUAGACACCCUAGAAGCAUGCCAGGAUCUGACUUCAUUGAACGAAACAGUUGUAACAGAUAACUUCAAAAAGACUCUUUUAGAUGUACAUGCUAUUCCUAAUCCAGACCACAUACCUAAACUAGAAACACUGUGUGCAGCUGGAGGUUUGGAUAGGAAACUAGAAGAACCAGUAGCUGAAAUUGUGAGCCCCUUGAAAGAACGGCCUCCGCCCCGAUGGGCACAUCUUGAUACUGAUGAAAUGUCAUCUGUAUUGUUUGGAUCAGCAGAAAAUCCGGCAACAUUCUUUGUUCGACUGGUAAAAUUCGAAGAUUGCAUAAACUUGUUAUUAAAAGAUAUUGAGAAGUAUGUUGUUGAAAAUCCUGAACCUGUAACCGAAGUUACAAAGGGCGAUAUCGUUCUUGCUAAGUUCCCAGAUGAUUCUACAUAUGAACGAGCUAGAAUCGAGGAAGUAUAUAAUAAUAAUCGAGUCAAAAGCUUUUUUGUAGAUCAAGGUGAUUGGAGAGAUGUUCCUAUGAAUGAAUUAAUAACAAUACCAGAAAAAUUCAUAACAAAACUCCCAUUUCAAGCCAUUGAAUGUCGACUGAUAGGCGUAAAGCCAGCAGGAGACGAUUGGACUGAAUUUGGUACCAACUGGUUUUGUGAUAACUGUUUUGAAGAUAACAAUGGGCAUAUAAAACAACUUUACAUAAAAUAUUUUACAAAAGAAAGCCCGCAAUUUACUGGUGGGCACAAAUAUGGAGUAGUUCUAAUUGACACAAAUGGCGAUGAUGAUGUAUUGAUCAAUCAGUUGAUGAUUGACGUAAAUUUGGCUAAAGAAAAUGAAGACGAAUUGAAAUAUUUUGAUGAAUUAAAGAAAUCUGCUGACUUUAAAAAAGAUAGUCAGUCUAUAACAUCGGAAGAUGAUUGGGAAAAGAUAACGAUACCGGAUGUAAAGGAAACAUCAAAGGUACCGCUUGAAGACUUUUUUCCUAAGAAACCUAUAAGGUCAGUACAUUUAGUUCAAGAUAGCGACGAGGAUUCAGAUCAGUGGGAUAUUAAUAUGUCCUCUGAUUUUGCAUCUUUAUUUAAACAAAAUGAUACACAUAAGCAAAUUAAAGAAGCAGAAGAUAAUGUAGUUGUCAAUCUUGAAAAAGAAAAAGAAAUGUCUGAGCCACCUAAAUCAAAAGCAUUAGAAACUAUAGAAAUUCCAAAGAACUGUGACACACAAGUGGCGUGUAAGAAUGUGUUGAAAAGUAUUAAACAAAAUACAAAAUCACAAAACGACAAAUCAGAGAUACAAGAAUUAGAUUCAGAUGAUUUCUCGUCAACAAAAGAUAGUCAAGUUUCAGAUAUUGCUGACACUACUCUCUUUAAUACGGAUACUGAAAUUUUAUCAGAUACUAGUAAAAGACCAUUGAUAAUUGAAAUAGAUAAUUUGAGAAAACCAAAAGUGGUUUGGAGACAGAACAAUAUGAUUGUUAUUAUAAAAAUUCAAUUGAUUGGCGUUGAGAAUUAUGAUUUAGAAAUAGGGAAAAGGUUUAUGAAAUUCUUUGCGAUUAAUGACGAUACAAAAUAUGGUUUCGAGUUUGAACUGUACGGCGUAGUCAACGAUAAAAAUUAUUCACACAGUAAUAAAGGCCAAUACAUUCUGAUACACUUGACCAAAGUGAUGAAAAAGACUUGGUUGACUCUGACCAGAGACGGGGGCAUUAAAAAGUGGAUUGUCUAUGACGUGGAUUCUAUAGAUACGUCAUCUGAUGAGGAAGAACCUGAAGAUGAUACGACGGCCAAUGUUAUAAAGAAUAUACAUAAUCAAGGUGAUACUGAUUCAGAUGACGAUUUGUUAGACGAUAUCAAUUUCAAAUAUGGUCGUCAUUAAGCUAGAUAUAGAUAUAUUGAUAUUAGAAGUAAAAGCAAGUAUUAUUAAAUAAGUGUAAUAGGAUCUAAACUACAAGAUUUAAAAAUUUAUACAUAUUAACAAAAGACUGUUCAUCAUGGUUUUGUUAUGUGCGUAAUCAAAUACAUACAAAUCCGCCAUAUCUAUCUCCCGUUGUUUUAGGCAAAAAACAAAACAGCAACGCCAAAUGCUUCUUUUCAAACAAACCUCUUCCGCAUCCUCUACAUUCAUCAAUCAUCAAUCAAUUCAUACACGAUCGCCAGUUACUUGGCCCUUCUUCAGCACGUUGCUUAUUCGGUCGACAUACGUCCGUCUAGGGCAGCCCCUACCGACAUCUCCAUUCAUUCGUGCUCGAUAAAUGUCUUUCGAAAUUCUUCUUUUAUCCAUCCUCUUCAAAUGGUCAAAGCACCGCAACAUUUCCGUUUCGAUCUUUAUUAUUUCAUCUUGACCACAACAGAAUAUCAGUGUUUUGCUCUUUUGAGGGCAAAGCAAUAAGCUGAGUUGUGACCAUUUUGUGUUACUAUGGCACAUGCAUAAUAUCAGGAAAUUGUUGUUUUAUAUAUUUUGUUUUUUUUUUUUGUUUGUUGCUUUUUAUGUUUUUUUUUUCAUUCUUUUAUCUCUUUUACUGUGCAUGUUUUUAUUAUGUGUAUGUUUGUAUUGUUAUUUGUAUGCUGUAAGUAAUGCAAACUAUUUAUCUUUUAGUUCAUACCUCUCUCUCUAAUCACACUAUCACUCUAUCUUUAAAUGUAUUACCACGCAUAUUUAUAAAAUCUCCCAUCUUUAUAACAUUUACCUCGCUUUCAUGCUUCUUCUGCCAUAUCCACGGAUUUGAGUAAAUUUUGCAGAAGCAAUAAGCAAAUAGAAAAGAAGUUGUAAUAGUAUGGCUAAUGGAGAGAAAUUUUGAAACAUUUUGAGAACAUCUUCUUGACUGAUCAAAACUUGGAAUUCACGAUGAAUUUAAAUAAAAAAAAAAAUUGGAAUGAUACAAAAUACUUAUAUUUAUUUACACUACGAGUACCAAGUCAAAUGCUAUGGAAAGAGCUAUGCUUGAAGUCCUUGCUUGUUAGAAUCGAAAAUGAGGGUAUCCGCAGAAAAAAAUGACGUAACCUGAAUAUCUUAGAGAAUUGGUGAGCUAAAGGCCAAAUAGCUCGGAGGAUCAGGCGCAUAUAGUUAGUACGUACUGUUAUAGCUUUAUCAAUUUAAAAAGGUUUAUUUUAUUCCGUUAGUUUUUUUAGAUUUUAAAAAUAAAUGAAUCGUAAAUAUUUAAGUGUAACUUAUUUACUGGUUAUUUGAUUAGAAUUAUUUUGUUUAUCAUCAUCAUUAUUACCAGAAGUUCCACAACCUUCCAUAUUAGUCUUCAAUCUCCGACUGCCAUUUAGUCCACGCACGUUUUGCAAUUUUUUUUUUUUUAUUUGGACGAAAUGGCAGUCGGAGAUUGGGGGCUAGUAUGGAAGACUAUGGUACUUCUGGUAGUAAUAGUGGUAGACAAUCUUCGAUUGUUGACAGUCACACACAUACUAAUGGUAGCGGAAUUAAACAAAAUAAUUCUAAACAAAUAACCAGUGAUAGGGACUUCGGCAAGAUAAUACCUUUCUUCUUCUCAUUUAAGAGUUUCCUCUUGUCGGUGCAACUAAUUCAUGCAUCUUCCUCCAGCCAGCUCUAUCCCAGACCAUAUCCUUGACCUCCCUAUACGACAUGACGCCUAGUGUUUCCUUUAUCUGUCCCAUGUAGUUAAUCCUCCGUCUUCCUCUUCCUCUCUUGCCCUCUUAGAUAAUACCUAGUUUAGUAAAAUAUGUAACUUGUUCACUUACGAGUCUCUUCUGAUUUAAAAAAAAAAACUUUAAGUGGAAAUGAGUAAGCUAUAGAGAAUUUAGUGCUAUACCAUCGUAAUUAAUUGGUAUAUUCCUGUACGCAAAUAGCAAACGAAUCUCAAGAGAUAAUAAUAAAAUAUUAGCGAUUCUAUCAAGAUAGAAUCGCUAAUAUUUUAUUGUUAAACGUUUUGUAAACACACAAUGUAUUUUAAUAUAAUAACUACUGGUUUAACUUACGUGUAAUUAGAUCGAAAAAGAUCAACUAGUUUAGAAAUCAAUUCGUGAUCCUUAAUCAUGAGUGACUGUGAUAUGAGCACGCGUCCGACUCGCUGAGCGCGAGCUGUACGCGCUUGCGGCGUCGUCACAUAUAAGAAAGACGGCGUUCGGAACCGAAGAGUUCUGGCUCGUCAGUCCGGCUCGUGUUCGCGUCACAGCCGCUCAUGACCAAGAAUCAUGAAUUGAUUCCGAAACAAGUCAAGAAUUUUCGAUCUAAUUUCACGUAAGUUUAUUCACUAAUAUUGUUUAUCACGUUGCACUGUCAAUUUUAUUUUCUUUUAUUCCUGUCUUCGGUCGACUGGUAAAUAACGCCAUAUUGGGUUAAGUCCACCAUUUACACUAUCUAGGUGUAUUAAAGUUUAAUAAAUAAAAAAAGGACAGCGCACAUCGCUGUCUCUUUCUAUCUAAUGGCGAAUCCAUUAGAAAAAGACGGCUAGACUAGCCAUAACGAUUCUACCGAUGUAUUUGUUUAACACUCUUCUAGUUAGAAUGUGUAGUGUGACAGUUGUACACUUUUAAAUAGGCCAGGUAUUAAGUCCGCCUUUUGUACCAGACAUUUUUUUGUAAUGUGGUCAAUAAAGAAUAAAUAGAUAAGUAAAAAAAAGUUCUUACGAAAAUAUUUGAAAGAACAGCAUAAAUUACUUGGCGUGAUAAAAAAUGGCGCGUUUUUUUUAAAAAAAGAAUGUGUCAAAAUGUCUGCCAAACGUGAGUUAGCUGAGUAAGUUUUGAUCUGUGUUUCUCAACUCAAUGCUUUAUCUAUAUAAGAUUUUUAGAUUAUAGGUUUGUUAUUUUUUUUUAUAAAACAAUUUACUUUUGUGUAUUUUUCAAGCCGUAUCUGCUGGAAAUCGUAUUAUUAACCGACUUCAAAAGGAAGAAGGUCCUUAGUUCGGUAGUAUUUUUUUUUUGUUUGUUUUUUAUAUAUAUUAUAUUUUUUAUACCACUGAGGUGGCAAACAAGCAUAUGGCCCACCUGAUGGUAAGUGGUUACCGUAGCGUAUGAACACCUGCAAUACCAGAGGUAUCAUGCGCGCGUUGCCGACCCUGAAAAACCUCUUUACCCCCCUUUUGAAGAACCCCAUGCUGUAGUCUCUUGGGAAAACCUCGGCAGGGAUCUCAUCCCAAAACCUGAGUGUUCGUGGGAGGAAACAUCUCUGAAACCGCGCAGUACGCGACCAUUGAGGCUGUAGAACGUGAGGAUGAACUCCCUGUCGAUGGCGAGCCGUACGAUGAUAGUAAGUGACUGUGGACAUCAUAUUGAACAAUUCCUCUGAGCACAAUCCAUUGUACAGGCGGUAGAACACGCAGAGUGAGGCAAAAUCUCUCCUAAGACUCAAGGGUUCGAUACCGCUUGUGAGCCUGAAAUCAUCGAGAAUUCUCAUAGCUCGUCGUUGCAACGAGUCGAAAGGUUCAAGCUGGUAUUUAGGUGCUCCGGCCCAUAAGUGACAGCAAAAAAGUGUAGUGUUUCCUCAUAACUCCGUCAAUUGUAAACCGAUUUAGAAAAAAAAUUUUUUUUUUUUACCUGAAACGAUAAACUUAAGAUUGAUCAUGUGCUCGGAUCAAAAUCGGUUCAACAGUUUAGUUUUUAAAUUAAAAUAACUAGCUUUGCCACAAUUGAUGGCUUCUCUUUGUGGAACACAAUCUUGGUGUUUCAUACCAUAGAGAUGUUUUUUUUUUAACAAAAUAAAAGCAUUGCUUUUUUAAUUUCGAAAUUUGACCAUGUUUGAUUUCAGACUGACUAAGGUUUUAAGAACCACGCUGUGUACGAAUCACAACUAAAAUUCCUAUACGAAUGUUCUUUAUUCAAGUAGGUAAAUUUAAUUAUAAAUAUUUUUAAUAGUAGUUUUUCAGGCACAACCCCUCCCCCCCUUUCCUGUCCACUACAUACACACAAGUAUUAAGCGAUAACGUAGUCGUCAAAACUAGAUGGUCGCGUACAGCGCGGUUUCAGAGAUGUUUUCUGUCACGAACGCUCAGGUUAUGGAAUGAGCUCUCUGUUGAGGUCACCAUAAGGGGAGUUUUGCCAAUAGUUGCCACGCUUGGAAGGCGGAUUGGCAACUGCAGUCAGGCUUUAGAGAUGUUUAACCCUUAAAAGCUAGAUUUUUUAAAUCAAAUUAAAAAAUAUAUAAGUGUAUCCUGUACUGUGUUUACUAACAGGGAAAAUAGUAAAAAAAAUCAAAACGAUAUUUUUAUAUAUUUAUUUUGAAAAAAAAAACAUUUGAUAUCAUUUUUGAUACUUUAGGCAUUACGGUAAUAAAUAUUUAAAUUUAUUUAACAAUGCAAACCAAAUCUAUCUAUCAAAUUUGAAAUUUCAGGCAUUUAAGGGUUAAGAGGGACGCUACUGCCCAUCCCUCGCCCUUCCUUAGUCGGUUCUAGACAUCCACGGGAAAGUAUGGGGUGGCCUAUUCUAUGCCGGGACCAAACGGCCAAUAUUUAUCAUGUAGGGGUUGAAUACCUCCCAACGUCUCAUUGUUUAGUUCAUGAUAUUUUGUUUGUUAUAUUUUAAUCCAGCAGGUACGGUUUCUGGUUCAACUUAGAUUAGUAAAUAUUGAUUUAUAAUAAGUUUCUUGCCUGUUCUUCUCGACUGAAUAAACUGAAUGUGUUUCCUUGGCUAUAAACUUGUUGUUUUUUCAUAGAAGUAUAAAUAAAAAGAUUUUUAUUUUUUA